AUGGCGGACUCGACGUCGACGUCGACGGCAACUGCCGUGGACCCUGUUACCCGCUCGCUGGCACCGUGGAGCACGAAGGCCGAAUGCUAUUGGCUGUUCUUGACGUUGAGUCGACUUCCAGAAGGUGUUUAUGAUGCUUUGGAGUCUGGGGAUGAGAGAUGUGUUGGUGCGAAGAAGAAUGAAGAUCAGGUUGGGAAGUUCGUGGGUGGUUUGGGGGUCAUUAUGAUUGUUAGGUAUAGGGAUACGCCUGUUGGACCCUACGACGAACUCAUGAUCAUACCCGGCAACUUCACGAUCCCCACCUCCGCCAACACGCCCCCGAAGAUCCCCAAGAAGGCCCUCAGAAUCGCCCGGAUAUACGUCUCCCAACGCACCACCACCUACAACGGCCGCCUGAACUGGAACAUCCCGAAGCACCUCGCCCGCUUCGACUUCUCCGCCCCGGUCACGCCGGCAGGGUCCUCGCCUCCCGAGUCACUCACCGUCAAGGUGUUCACGCCCGGCAGCAAGGACGGCGACGGAGUGAACCCGUUCUUCGCGUGCACCUUGAAGCCGUGGAGAUGGGUACCAAGUGUUCCCGUGAGCUCGAGGUGGUUGCCCUUGAGUACUGUGCUUGCACAACCGCCUGUCCCGGAAGCCCCAGGAUUCAAGGCGGCUGUUGAUGUGGAAGUGAAGAAAAGUGUGCGGACGGACGAGUAUGACAUCAAUCCUGAUUUGGAAGAGAGCAUUCUGGCGGGGACAGAGGAUUGGUGUUUGUUUCCCAUUACCUCAUACGCACCCAGGGCGAGGGGUUGCUGGGUGACUGUCCAUGAGACAGGUAAAGGUGGGAGUAAUAGUGAAGUUGGUGAUCAGGCGGCGAAUCAAGAAGCUGUAAAGUCCUGGCCACAGGACGUGCGGCCGUGGAGUAUCGGCGCGUGGAUGGAAGAUGCAGAGCUGGGUAUCCCCGAACCACUCAAAUGGAAAUUGUGA